AUGAAUUGGUUUUAUAGUUUGUUUUUGUUGAUAGGUUUGAUCGUUGUUUUACCACAGACCAGUUUUGUGGGUGGUGUGGUGAUUUUCAACCCUGGAACUGGACAUUUCUAUGAAUAUAUUGCCACGGCGGUUGCCAAAUCGGUUUCCAUCCAAGCAUGCUCAAGUAGAACAUUUGAAGGUAGAAAAGGUUAUUUGGCAACCUUUUCAAGUAAACAAGAAUGGGAGUUUUUUACAUCAAAAAAUCUAUUUCCUAAUACAGAUCGUCCGUGGAUUUCAGGAUAUGGAGUGAACGGAACGUUUGCUUUUGAUUCUGGUCCUGAAGCUGGUACCGUAAUCUAUGAUUUCAUCAACGAUAGAUCCUAUUCCUAUACACCAUGGAGAGGAAAUGAACCUAAUCUCAAUCUUAACGAUAAUUGUAUUAAUACUAUUGGAUCUGACGCUUCAGGUAAAAUUCUAUGGGAUCUCGAUUCCUGUGCACUCACCAAAACCUAUAUCUGUGAGUAUGGUGGGAUGGAAGAACCAUACCUCUUGCAACCAGGAACCAAUCCACUCAAUUCCAAUCUAUUCGUUUUAUCGAAAUAUGUCGGUACUCCACCAGGCUCAAUCAACCUGUUGAAUUACCUCAACCAAGAAUUCACUGCCACACUUUCCGAUUUCAGUAAUUCCAACGCCACCUAUAAAUUCACUUCAGCUACACCUGGUGUCUAUACAUUCAAUCUUGGAAACGUUAAUGGUUCAACCUAUACCUUUAACUACCGAUUCCCAUUGGUCGAUGUUGUCUAUCCAUCUUAUUCUGCUAAUCAAUUGAUCACUCUGGUAGGACAGAAUUUUGGAUCUAGAGGCCAAGACAUUCAAGUUACCUAUGCAAAUGGAAAGACCUGUUCCAAUGUUAUUUUAGUUUCACAAAACGUUAUCACUUGUUCAUUGGGGGAUGAUAUUACUGUGAGCAAUCGACUCUUACCACUUGGUAUUAGCUUAAAUGGUGCUUUUGUUACAUACAAAACAAUUGGAUAUUAUGAUGUUACAAAAAAAGGAUUCAUAAGUGCUACACUUUCAGCAGUUACCUAUCAAAAUUACCUUAAUGUCUAUACCGCAAGAUCAACGGCAGCCAAAAAUCCAGCCGCACCAUACUAUCCACCAAACGACGGUGAUAUAAUGGGAAGAUUCUUUAAAACUGUUCCUUUGAAUCUUGCAGGAAGUGUUGGUUGGAAUCUGUGGAUUGGUGCCACAUUUUCAGGAGGCAGGAUUUAUGCAUACGGUACUACCAAUCCAAUUACAAUAUACGGUGGAAUUUCUACCUAUGCUGGAACUCCACCAUUUAUCAUGAACGUAGAGUCGCCCACUCUCAGCAUAGUACCACAGCCAGAGACCACUGGAUAUGCUUCAAUUAUGCAAUAUGGAGGUGCACUACCAACGUUUGACUCCGUAUCAACCACAAACGCCUUCAGUACUGAAGGAGGUAUUGCUAGUUUUAAGCUCACCGCCAAUGGAUGUGGACACUAUUUCAGUACCUACGAUUGCGUUACAUCCAAUUUCCCAGCCAGUUAUCCAUCGAGUAACUUGACAAUUACUCGUCCAAUAUUUUUGGAUACAACUACGAUCUCUCUCACAGUUCCACCUUACUAUGGUGGUACUUUUAUCACCUAUUUUCUUAUUGAUGGCCAGAGAAUAGAGACACCCAUUUCUUUCUACUAUGAUAAUCCCACAAUUUCCAGUGUUACUCCUGUUUCUCCUUUGGGUGGUAAAAUUACAAUCGAUGGUUCCAACUUUUACACCAAUUCCUCAAUUAUUAAAAUAUAUGUUGAUUCAGUACCCAUCACCCAAUUCUCGAUUACUGUAAAUCAUAGACAAAUCGUUGCAACCAUCCCUCCACUUGCAACAGGAAAUCACACUAUCUAUCUUACCGUCGGUGAUAGAUCUCAAUCGAAUAACUUUGUUUUAGUGGUAUUCCAACCUUUUAUUUCAUCGGCAAGACAAAGUGUUUCAUCGAUGACCUUGACUGGUGGAAACUUUGAUAAUAUUACUCAGUCCAAUACUAUUUACUUUAAUGGUCAAGCCAUAAAACCAACAUCUGGUACCACUACCAUAUUGGUUUUCGAAUUACCAGUAAAUGCAGUCAAUGAUUUCGUCGCUGUUGAAUCUGGAGGAGUAAAUUCUACUGCAUUUAGCAUCAAUCUCAUUCCAAACAUUGAAAGCAUUCAACCAACUCAUCCAUCUGUUUUAGGUGGUAGUUUCACAAUAACUGGAAAUUACCUUAAUCCACUUAACUUUACAGGUAGUAGUUUGGAUACAUCUAUUGAAAUGGGUGUUGGAAAUGUAUAUACAAAGUUGUCAUGUACCCAGAUUUCAUCUAAAUAUCCUUAUCAAAUUACUUGUUUAUUGCCACCAGGAUCAGGUUCUUAUGCAUUAAAAAUAACAUGGGGAGUCAUUUGGAUAGAAAAUUAUCAUAGUUAUUUAAGCCCAACUAUCUUAUACACAGCACCACCUUUAAUAUUUGGAACCGGUGGAAAUACUACAAUUGUUGGUAGUGAUUUUGCAGAGAAAGGAUUAUCUGCCUCCAUUGGAAACAUUCCAUGUGACCAUUUGAAGUUUAUCAAUAGUACUGCAAUCAAUUGUUACUUCUCCGCAAAUGUUACCGCACCAACAAAUGCCGGUAUCAAUGUAACAGUGACAUCCGAUACACUAUCGACAACAAGUGGUGUUUUCUAUUACAAAACUCAAAAGGAAUGUCCAGCCACUGUGAAUGGUGUAUGUGAUGGUCAUGGUACUUGUAAUAGAGAAACUGGUUUGUGUUCAUGUAAUCAACCAUAUAUCCAACCGGUGUGCAAUAAUACUGGUGAGAUCGGUGUUAAUCGACCGGUUCUCGAUCCUAACGGUGGUACAACCAUCAUUGGAAACGGAUAUAAUUUCUCGGUGCAAUUGGUAUUCCUUCGUGAGUUGGAUGAAACUCUAGCGCCAGUGAAAACUCUCGCUCUCAAGAACAUUGUUUGGACCAAUAGAAAUCAAGUAGACCAAACAAUGAAUAUCGUUGGUAGCUUCCAUAAUGAAUCGGUCAUUCUCAGUAUCCAGAUGACCAUUUACAAUGAGAGUACAAGUGUAGUGUUUGCCGGUGAAACCAUCGACAUUCUAGCCAACAGUAUUAAAUAUGUUAUUACAGUAUCCAACUGGACAUUUGCCUCACGUCUCAACACUCUACAGGUUAUCUAUAAUUCAAUGACAGACUCAGAGACAACCAGUGGAUGCCAGACUCACCAGACAACCGCUGAAGACAAUGGAGGUAACGGUCAAUCACUUUCCUAUCUCCAAAUGAAUGCAGGUGAUACCUCUCUGACUGCAAGAUUUGCCGAUCGUCUUUAUGUAGACUCCAAUAUUGUCAACAGUUUGGUAUCUGUUAUCGAUCCUACCGAUCCAAUCUACAAAGAAUUGAAUAGCGAGAAGUUCAACCUCUUGGUAUCGAUUAAUGUUCCACACUUUGAAAAGAAUACCAUUAUCGAUCCAAACUUUGGUUCACUCGUCUCGACAACAGAUUCUCACUGCUCUGAAAAACAAACAUGGAAAAUACCGGUAAUAGUUAUCCAUUAA